AACCUUUCGUUUGAUGAAACCGUAGAUCUCCAACCUGGCCUUCAUCAUGAUCUCGACCUAACGAAAUAAGGGAGUUAAUGGUAAUUAGGGAGCCUGACUAAGUAAACUUGCAUGUGAAUUGGUAGCAGAAACUAAGUGUGAGUCAGUGAAAUCCUAUAUCCUGAUGAGGUAUGGUUGAGAAUGUAAUAAAAGAUCUGGGUGAGAUCCAUGCCCGGCUGCUGGACCACAAACCGGUCAUCCAGGGAGAAAUCCGAUUCUUCAUCAAGGAAUUUGAGGGCAAGCGGAAUGACAGAGAGCAGAAGCGCUUGGAGCGCAUCGCCACUCAGAUGAAAGACUUGAACGAGAAGAUCUUCCCAGGGUGCAGCAGUCUGAUGGACAAGCAUUGCCAGGAGGCACUGGAACAAUUGGAAGUUACUAAUAUGAUGUGCAGAAGGCUUCAAAAGCAAGAAGAAGAUAGGCUGGAGAGUAAGCCUUUGGAGAAGGAACGGGCAAAACGGGAGGAGGAUUGGAAGGUGUUCCUAGAGAGGCUGAACGAGCAGCGAGACGCCUUGGACUCAGAGCACCAGCGGAAGAUUGAUGAGAUUGAGGCACACUACAACAAACUCAAGCAGACGCUGAACACACAGUCCUGAGCGAAGCAGCAGUGUCACCAAAGUUAAGGGGCGACUUCCCCCUGAAAAAGGAAACAAAAUUGAGACAGAACUUCUGUUGAGUCUUGCUGAAAGGAGCAGUUUUACUUGACAGAAAAGAGAGAGCUGUGAAUGACAGCAUUAAUGAGAGAUUCUAGUUGCUGGGGAACAUUGUGGCAAUACUUCACACACUCAUUGUGCAGGCAUCAUUGUAAAUAUUUUUCAAAGAUUUUCCUGUUUGUCCAAGGGACCGUUCAGCUGAAAGAUAAUUACAGCUUCACAACACAAACUUCUGUUUUGCAAGUGCAGCCUCAGUACUGAUCCAAUAUGGCAGUUCGUUUUAGGAAAUGGGAAACACAUAUGCCCUUGGCAUGGUAAGGAUUUAAAGAGAGGCUGCACUUGCAAGCAUUGGCGACCUGAAUGGACUCUGGUGCAAACUUAACAACCCUCAUGUCCAUAUUCAUAUGACGUAAAGAGUCUUUGGUUGUAUCCUAUACUUGGCUGUAGAAAUAAAAAUACAUAUACAUGUACAGACAGCACUGUAGGCAGUUGCGGCAGCCCCCCCCAUAGUCUCGUGUGAAAUAUCAAGCCACUGGCAAGUACUCUGGACAUAACCUUUGUGUUGCACAUUCUUUCAUUCCAGUAUGGUGACUCUAAGCAAAGACUACGCAUUUACUAACGCGUACAGGCGACAAAAUAAAAAUCCAAGGAAUUACAAGGAAUCAUGGUAGUUUAAAGGUACAUGUAUAGUCCGCGAUUUGUCACUUCUGCAUUAUGUUGCUUUGAGGGAACAAAAUGACUCAAAAUCUAGAGAGGGGCACCUAAGAACAAACCUGAUGAAGUUUUAGCUCCGAACGAAUACUGUUUUGUAUGAGAGAAACAAUAUUGUGGGAUUUCAAUUUAAGAUCAAAACUUGCAGGGUCAUGUUUUGGAUUACACCUGAAUUCAGUGUCUGGGACAGUGGGGCACAUUCUCAUGUUCAGUCAAAGGCAGCUGUUCAAUUUCACACAGUGAACUGUCAGAUUAUAGCACAUGCAUAUGUGUCAACACUUGCACACGCUUAUGCUACCCUGUUAGAAUGCCACUUUAAGAUGUUGGGUCCGACUGAGUGUCAUUCUCACGGGAGAGUGUUGACCACAGCAUACCCCUCUCGAAGCCUCUCGAAGAGGGCCGGAGGGGAAAAACCAUCUGCCCAAUUAUCAUCUGUAUGUUUUCAGUUUUUCCAUGGUUUUUACCUUUUCCAACUGGCCAAGCUUUCUUGACCACGAUAUCGGGAGCCAACCUGUAACACAAAAAAUGGAGGCACUGCCCGGAUUCUGCUCACUUUGAAUUUAUUCCCUUUUUCAGUUGUUCCCUCCUUUUCCUAUUUUUCAGCCAAUUGUUGAGUGACUGCAGAAGGAAAUUAAUAAUCCCCCCUAACAGAAGCACUUUUUUUUUGUUCUAAAACACUGACUUUUGAUUGUUAUUACCCUG